AUGUGCCCGGAGGAGGGCGGCGCGGCCGGGCUGGGCGAGCUCCGCUCCUGGUGGGAAGUGCCGGCCAUCGCGCACUUCUGCUCGCUCUUUCGCACGGCGUUCCGCCUGCCCGACUUUGAGAUCGAGGAGUUAGAAGCAGCUCUUCACAGAGAUGAUGUGGAGUUUAUCAGUGACCUCAUUGCCUGCCUGCUUCAGGGCUGCUAUCAACGAAGGGAUAUCACGCCUCAGACAUUCCACAGCUACCUAGAGGACAUCAUCAACUACCGUUGGGAGCUUGAAGAAGGGAAACCCAACCCUCUGAGAGAAUCCGCUUUCCAAGACCUGCCUCUUCGUACUCGAGUGGAGAUCCUACACCGCCUCUGUGAUUAUCGGCUCGAUGCAGAUGAUGUCUUUGAUCUUCUCAAGGGUCUGGAUGCAGACAGUCUCCGUGUGGAACCGCUGGGUGAAGACAAUUCUGGGGCACUCUAUUGGUAUUUCUAUGGAACACGAAUGUACAAAGAGGACCCGGUACGAGGAAAAUCCAAUGGAGAACUCUCUUUGAGCAGUGAAAAGCAAGAAGAAAACUCCUUGGCAUCUGAGCCACAGGCAAGAAAUGGGUCCCAAGGGCCAGGCCAAGGGACUUGGUGGCUCCUGUGCCAAACAGAAGAAGAAUGGAGACAGGUCACUGAGAGUUUUCGAGAGAGGACCUCCCUUCGAGAACGGCAGCUCUAUAAGCUCCUCAGUGAGGACUUCUUGCCUGAGAUCUGCAACAUGAUUGCCCAGAAGGAGACCCCCGUGCUUACCAGAAUAGAAAAACAGAAGCGCAAAGAGGAGGAGGAAGAACGUCAGAUUCUUCUGGCUGUGCAGAAGAAGGAGCAGGAGCAGAUGCUGAAGGAAGAGAGGAAACGGGAACUGGAGGAGAAGGUCAAAGCGGUGGAAGAUCGCGCUAAGAGGAGAAAGCUCAGGGAAGAAAGGGCAUGGCUGCUGGCACAAGGGAAGGAGCUCCCUCCAGAACUUUCCCAUCUGGAUCCCAGUUCCCCCAUGAGGGAAGAAAAAAAGACCAAGGACCUGCCAACAGUGCCAGGAACAUUUGGUCCUCUUCGAGGAUCAGAUCCUACCAGUUUAUACGGUUCCUCUGGAGUCCCAGAACCACACCCUGGAGAGCCUGUUGUACAACAGCAUCAACCUUUUUCCAUGCAGCCUCCAGUUGGAAUUAACAGCCACCGAGGACCCGGGCUAGGCACACCCGAAGAGAAGCAGAUGUGUGGAGGGCUGGCGCACCUUUCUAACAUGGCGCCACAUCCUGGAUCGUUGCAGCUUGGGCAGAUGAGUGGCCCUGGUCAGGAUGGAAACUUGUAUCCUCCAGCUCAAUUCCAGCCAGGAUUUAUUCCUCCCAGGCAUGGCGGGGCUCCCGCCCGACCCCCAGACUUUCCUGAAAGCACAGAAAUUCCUCCCAGCCACAUGUAUCGAUCAUACAAGUACCUGAAUCGAGUACACUCUGCUGUCUGGAAUGGGAACCAUGGUGCUACUAACCCAGGACCCUUGGGGCCAGAUGAGAAGCCUCUCUUAGGGCCAGGACCCUCUCACCAGCCUCGCACUCUUGGUCACAUGAUGGAUUCCCGAGUGAUGAGACCACCUAUCCCCCCAAGCCAGUGGACUGAACAAUCAAGCUUUCUACCUCAUGGAGUUCCUUCUUCAGGGUAUAUACGACCACCCUGUAAGUCUGCUGGACAUCGGUUACAGACACCUCCAGCACCAAGUUCUCUGUUUGGAGCACCCUCCCAGGCUCUGCGGGGGGUGCAGGGAGGGGACUCCAUGAUGGACAGCCCAGAGAUGAUCGCCAUGCAGCAGCUGUCCUCCCGGGUCUGCCCACCAGGUGUGCCUUACCAUCCCCGCCAGCCUGCUCCCCCGCAUAUACCUGGCCCUUUCCCACAGGUAGCUCACUCGGCAUCAGUCGGUGUGCCAGCCCCCAAGCCUGCCUUGGGCAACCCUGGGAGGCCACAGGAUAACAGGGAAACACCAGAGCCUGAGAAUGACCGAGAGCCCUUGCCUGGACUGGAAGAGAAACCAGCAAGUGUUGCUGCGUCCGAGGGAGGGGCAUACCUCAAACAGCUACCUCACCCUGCACCUCCCCUGCAGCCCGGCUGCGCCAGGCAGAGCUCGCCACGAGAAAGGGGGACGGUGGGCCCAGAGCUCAAAAGUGACUCCUCAGAAUCUGCAGACAGCUGUAAAGCAGGAAAGGGCAAGGCUGCCUGGCCCUCGGAUAGCAGCUACCCGAGCCCAGCCGCGCAGGGGUGUCUGAGAGACCUCUCCACUGUGGCAGACAGAGGGACUCUGCCCGAAAACGGAGUCAUCAGUGAAGCGUCUCCUUGUGGAUCAGAGGGGAAGGGCCUUGGAGGCAACGGUUCAGAAAAGCCACUCUGCCCCAGAGGCAAAAUGCAGGACACCAUGCCAUGUACAGGACAGAAUGCAACCACACCUCCCCACACAGACCCCGGUCUGCUGGGAGGCACCAUAAGCCAGUUCUCUCCCUUGUACGUGCCUGGCCUGGAGUACCCAAAUGCAGCUGCGCACUAUCACAUCAACCCAGGCCUGCCAGGUUUGGGCCCUGUGGUGGGAGGGAAGGCCUCAGUGUCCCACCCUCAGCAUUUCCCUCCUAGGGGCUUCCAGUCUAACAGUCCUCAUUCUGGAGUCUUUCCCCGGUAUCGCCCCCACCAAGGCAUGAGAUACUCCUACCAUCCACCGCCUCAGCCUUCCUACCAUCACUAUCAGCGAACUCCUUAUUAUACCUGUCCACAGGGCUUCUCUGACUGGCAGAGACCCCUCCACCCCCAGGGAAGCCCAGGUGGGCCCCCAUCUAGUCAGCCGCCCCCACCACGUUCGCUCUUCUCAGAUAAGAAUGCUGUGGCUAAUCUGCAAGGCUGUGAGACCCUGCAUGCUGCCUUAACUUCGCCAGCCCGAAUGGAUGCAGUGGCUGCUAAGGUUGUCCCAGCUGACGGGCAAAAUCCUGGUCCAGAGGAAGAGAAGCUGGAUGAGUCUAUGGAAAGGCCGGAGAGUCCCAAAGAAUUUUUAGACCUGGACAACCAUAAUGCGGCUACCAAGCGACAAAGUUCGUUGUCAGCCAGCGAUUAUCUCUAUGGAACUGCUCCUCUGCCCCUGAGUUCAGGAAUGGGUUUUGGUUCACCUACUUUUCCACCCCAUGGUGUGAUGUUGCAAGCGGGGCCCCCUUACACACCCCAGCGGCCAGCCAGUCACCUCCAGCCCAGGGCUUACUCUGCUCCUGGGACAGCUCACCCCCCGCACUGUCCAGCAGCUGCCCAGCCCAAUGGCCUCUCCCCGGAGGGCCCUGUCUAUCACUGCCAGGAAGAGGGCCUGGGUCACUUUCAAGCUGUAAUGAUGGAACAGAUUGGCAGUGGAAGUGGAUUAAGGGGACCUUUCCAGGAAAUGUACAGACCAUCAGGAGCGCAGAUGCAUCCGGUCCAGUCGCAGGCCUCCUUCCCAAAGACCCCGGCACCAGCGGGAUCGCAGGAGGAGCUGCCACCGCCCAAGCCCCCAACACUUCCUCUGGAUCAGAGCUAGUCCAAGGAGGGGAAAUAACCACCCAGGAGAUGGAAAGCUGUGCGUGAAGACUGGGACAUGGAGAGCUGGGGGGUGACCUUCGCCCUUCUCUGUUCCUGUCACCCUGCCCCAUCCUUCACAGCGACUCACCGUCCUGGAGCCGUUCACCGGGCCGGAAGCACACUCCGUAGACGACUCACACAGCCAGCAGAGGUCCUGGGUCCAGGAUCACUUGUGUAGCUAGCUGGUAUAGACAGUCGAGGAGAACAAGUGAACCUGGAGUUGAUGGCGACUUUUCCAAAUCCUGAGACUCUUUUCAGGGAAAAUCACUUUAAACUUGUGGGGGAGGGUACUCAAGAAUGGAGUGGUGCUUUUAAACUUUGAUGAGCAGCUAAACUCAGGUAUAUAUUUGGGGAAGGGACUACUCGUAGUAUUAAUGUUUUUGGAGCUGGGUCCAGUUUA